CACGGCUAAACCGUGCUAACGUGGCUGUCCUCUAGGCUUGUCUCACAACACAAGAUACUUGUCGAGGGCGCAGAGAUAAGGAGAUACAACUAGAGAGUUGAACCACUGCUUUCAGUAAGAAGAAAGCAAGGCACCGUGCACUACCGAGCGACGUCAUGAGGGUGCUUGCAGUCCUUUGCACACUGUUAGGCAGCGGCGUACUGGGGUGCUGCUGCGAGCCUUCGUCAACUUUGCUCUCCACUGUCGAUGACGAGGAAGAGUACGCGGAACUGAGUCCCGCUGACGUCGAAGACGUGGAGGGAGCCUUCAGGCGCUUCCUCGACGGAGCGGCGGCAUACUCCAGCGACGACGGCAAAGCGCCAGCUACCAUUUCGAUUGCCGGUCUUGUGGGCGUCUUCGAAGUUGCCCGGAACCUGGCGCACCUGCGGCCGCGGUCACCCCAGACCGUCGACCCAAGCUUCCUGAUCUACACGAACGCCAAAGAUGGAAGCGGCACACCUCCGGACGAGCCUGUGCGAGAGCCCGUGGUGACUUUGCGCCACGACGGGGACUUCGGCGCUGUGGCCAAACACCUGGAUCGUGACCAGACCCUCUAUUUCGUUGUCCAUGGCUACCGCAGCAAGGGCUCCGCGCAUUGGGUGCAGCGAAUCAAGGACGAAAUACUCGCGGUGGAGAAUGCCACCGUGAUCGUAGUGGACUGGUCGAGGGCCUCUCGGGUCGCCAACUACAGCUUGGCCGCGGGCAGCACUCGCACAGUGGCCCGACUGGCAGCCACCAUGGUCAAGACGCUGGUGGAUGCCGGCGUACUGGUCCCCUCGCGCAUCCACUACAUCGGCCACAGCUUGGGUGCUCAAGCGGGGGGAUUCUUCGGACAGGACGUGCUCGCCAUGACAGGAUCCAAAGUGGGCAGGAUAACGGGCCUCGACCCGGCCGGCCCGUUGUUCGAGUACUUCGACGCUCAUCUGCGCAAAGAGCACGCCGACUUCGUGGACAUCAUCCACACCAGCAUGGGCAUGGGCUUCAACUUCAUCCGCGGCCGCCUGGGCAUGACCAAGGAAUCCGGGCACGUGGAUUUUUACCCGAACGGGGGAAGGCAGCAGCCCGGCUGCCGAAGCCUUGGACGUCUGGACUGCUCCCACUCACGGGCCACGCUGUACUACGCCAACUCGAUCCGUACCUGCAGCUACCCGGCGCUGCCUUGCUACAACUACGGCGCCUUCAAGAGCCGCCGGUGCACGCCCUGUGACGAGACGCCCUGCGGUGUCAUGGGGCACAACGCCAGUGCGAACUUGCGCGGGAAGCACUUUCUCAGCAUAUCCUCCGUGCACCCGCACUGCCCGGGCGGAUCCAUGGCACGAACCGCUUCUCUAGUCCUAGUUCUCUCAUCGCUUUUGAGUGUGUCCACGAGCUUUAUUCACCGAUAGACAAUCACACGUCGCGAUAAUUCAUGAGACGACGUUGGCUGACAUUAGGGCUGGGGAUGCGCCGGAGCAGGGGUAAAUCUUUAGGGCUGGCCCUUUGACCAAGCGAGUGAUCCAGGUAACAUUAAUUUCAACGUCAUAAAGGCGCGUGUGGUCUGAGUGGAAGAUUACGCGGCACAGCCGACUCAUCGCUGUGAUGAUGAGAAGGGGCCUUGAGAGGUGGGAAAUGUGAUUCCAGUUAUUGCGACGGCGUCUACUGGAUUGCGACGACGUCUACUCAAUGUUAACGACGUUAUUGUGAUGUAGAGACCAAUCAAGUUUAUUUUCAGGUCGUGUAAAAAUUUCCACAGACCUACUAUUUUCCAUCAUGUGAGGAAUUCUGCAUGAAUAAGGUAUUUAUACAAUAACUGCAAUCUGGUUUGGUAAAAAAAAUUAAAAAUAAAACGUGACAGCAGCGCAAUAAUUUGUUCAGCACACGUUAACCCCUUAACUGCCUUGACAAAUAAAAAAAUCAUCUUUUUAAAAGUGCGAUAGUUUUUUAAACAUGUAUGUUUCGCGCCAAUUGUUUAUAUAAAAAAUGUGAUACCAGGAAAACCUAUUGCAUAUUUACUAUUCUUGUCUAAAAUAUUGCAACGCAAUUGACUAUUAUUUAUUUUCGUAAAUUUCAAGAAACUGCAGGUAUACACAGGUGCAAUAAUGGCGGAAAGUUCAGGACAAGUUAACUUGUCCUCAGCACCAGAGGACGCUCGUUGUGAAGACGAUCGAGUUACUUUUUGUCAUCGUACGGGGUUAAGCUAGAGCUAGCUGUAAUCUAUCUGCCUGGCGAUUUUUCUUAAUCCAAAUACAGAUAAAUCAAUGCGGUUCAGGUGGUACGAGCUAGUGAGCAUCACGACUGGUAAGCAAAACUGUGAGAAGCACAGUCAUAACAAGGUCAUGCGAAUUGCAGUAAUUGGCUUGACUAUCGCAGCGCACUUGUAUAUAAAAAAGAAGUUAUUUCUUCCCUCCACAAAUACUGCUCUGAAGAAACAGUGGGAACACAUAUAUUCCCAUGAUUAUGCAAGUUACGAGUGCCCCAAACUGUACCAAGAGGCUUAAUUGAGUUAAAUUCUUGCUUUUAGCCAUAUAUGUAACCUCAUUUACUUAGCAUAAGCACCUGUCGCCCACGAAGGACUAGUCGCCUUUCUUAACUGUGAUAUAAAGGACUGCCGCAGUUUUCAUUUUUGGAAAUAGUGAGGAGUGGUAUUUAUACACCUUUUAUUAUUCUAGGGUGAACUGUGUUUUUCUUUUUACGCACUGAUUUGGACAAGUGCAUAAAAUGCACGAGCUGCAUCUUUUUCUUCUUUUUUUUUUUGCUGAAAUGCCGCUCAUACGCAGAAUGACCUUACAUACCUUGUUCCUAUUCUUUCAUACAAAGGUUCAGAGAAUCACAAUGUAAAGAAAUAAAAAUGUUAGAAUAACAGCAGUAUCACUUUACAAAACUCUUGAUUGAAUGGUUAUUGUCAAAAUUGUUUUUUCGCAUGUUUUUGACUUCGCAGUCGAUUUCACUUACUCUUGCGGUCGCUCGAAAUUACAGCAAUGACACCAAAUGACGUCCCAUGUGAUUUUGUUGAGAAAAAGUUCAUUUCAGUCUUGCGCGCAUAGGUUGCCUGGGCUAGAUUUUUGGUUUCUUUCCCGUCACUGGCAUCGGGGAAAGAAAAGCUGUGUUUUAGGGCGGCAAACUGCGCCACACAGUGGAAUAUGAUUUUUACUGGUCAUGCGUUGUAAAAAAAAAUGUUGUUACUUGAACACUGUACACUAACCGCUAUCGAAAUGUUGUUAGUGCAAUACGUUCAUGUUCUUUAUUAGAAAUCCAGCCGCGCGGAAGCAACCUCUAACUACCCAUUAAUCUCCGCUGCCUGCGAAGUAACAAGGUGCUUCGCCACAAGAACACUAACCAUAAGAAAAAGCGACCUUUGUAGGGAAAAUAUCCAAGCUGACCAGUCCAUGCUAAGGAACAGCCAGAGGUGAAUUGCGGGCUUAGAUGUCUCGUUACUUUCAGAGAAACAUUUCGAAUAUUUU